AUGGCGGAGAAGCCACGGUUCAUUAAAGUGGAAAGUUAUGUGGAAGCGAGGACCAAGUCAGUCGCUCAGUUGCUUCAGGUUCCUUAUUAUCCUCGACUUUUUUCCGAUUUCCUCUUUAGGCUAUCGAUAAUGAGGCUUUGGUGAGUGGAGAGGUCACGAAAGGCCCUCGGACUGCGGCACAGAGGCUUCCGCGUCACAUGCGCAGGUUUCGUCUCUUCUGAAACAGGAAAUAGGUGAUUUUUCCAGACGAGCGAUGGCUCAUGAAGUGCGGCGGUUUCCUCGUGGAAUACGACAGUUCGCCGCUCCGUAUCUCGCGUCUUCCAAACACAGAAAAAAGCCGCCGAGCCGGUUCGCUCGUCGUAAACCCACCAAUAUUUUGAAGGUUGUAGCUUUGAUCCUCGAGGGAAAAUAUUGAUAUAAUCAAUGGAAGUGUUCUUUUUCCACUCACGAGAGCAAAACAUGAUCUUCAUAUUAGAUUUGAAAUUAUGGAAUUUGAAAAAACCAAAAACUCUCAUGGUUAAAUGAUGAAAGGUUUUGUUUUUUUUUCAAAUUCACCGUUAAUCUGAGAAGGUUACGAAAAAGAAACUCAAAAAUGUUUCUAAAAAAGCGUUAAAAUAUCUUUCAAUCAGCUACUAUUAGGCUUCGCCUGUUUUUUCUCGAGCUUCUUUGUAAAAUGAGUUUCCAGACUUUAAAUUUCGGAAAUUUUUCAGCAUUUUUAGAAUUAUGAAAGAAGAAAACGGAAAGCGAAAUGGUUGGAGACGCAUAUCUGGCACGCGAAACGCUUUAAAAUGGUGGAAAGGUAUUUUUCACCAUUCAGACUCUCAUAUUAUUAUUUCUUGAAGGUACGGGUUCAAAAUCGCGGAGAAAAGUUAUCAGAGGGGUUUCCGAGCGGCGCUCCGAGAUUCUCUACGUCAUUGCACGGUCAGAGACCGAUCUCAUCUUGCCUGUUUUCUGGUAGCUGUACUGUCUUUUUCUCUAUUAUUUCUCGAACUUUGUAGAUCAAAUCCCCUGACCAGGGCCGACUGAUCGAAUCUCUCGCUGUUUUUUGCGAUUCUUCCACUGGUCCAACUUUCGCCUUUCCAUCCUCACUCAACGGUUCUAUCGAGGUUUUGCCAUUGGUUUCAAUAUUACUCUUUUUUUUUUCUAGACCUCUACUUUGCUUUUCGAUUCGACUCAGACUCCGAAGCGAUGUAUUGGUCCGGCCAGAUUUUUAUGGUCUUUUGAAAGGUUCCCUAUUUUUUAUUUCCAGUAUUCCUAUUGGUUUUAGCGCUAGUGAAGAACACCUUCUUAGCCUUUGGAUUCAUCCGUCUACGCGAAACGUUGUUUUUGGCCUGCUGAAGUCCAUUUUCGAGUUAGAAGUAAAUUCAAUAAUGGCCGAAAAAGAAUAAAAUGAAAUCAUUAAUAGGCGAUUGACGUUGAAUCAAACACGAUGGAAGGUUUGGAAAGGGAAUAUCGAGGAAAAAAUGGAGUGAAGGUCGUUCAAAGUCUACUUUUCCUCUUUUUAUGAUAUUUUUUAGGUAUCGGAUUUACAUUUGUUGCUCAAUAGGUUCAGUUUGUUCGGUCCCAAGGCGCUGGAAAUCGUCGCGAAAUCGAUUAUCUUGGCAGAAUCGGACCUGUUCAAGUAUAUUCCUUGGUUUACCUGAGCCAGAAUUUCUUGAGUUUCAGUUUGAACCAUGAGGAAUGGGUCUCGUGUAUUUCUCUUUCUAAGCCUUCUGGAUUGCGCGAUGGAGCCGUAUUCACUCUGUUGGUGGAAGAUCCACGACUGUCUACGAGAAAAGUUCGUUUCAGUGUUUCUAAAUCUUUUCAUAAACGGUUUCAGAGGAAACCGUUGGAUUUUUUAUCUUCUGUUUGUACAGAAAGCCCUUCAAGCUUCAAAACUAUGCCUCAGUCUCUUCUUUGGAACGCGAAAUCCAGGCAGGCUGCUCUUGAGAAAAGGUGGUUCUCAUGGAAGUAUUGGUCAAAAACGUUUGUUUUUUUUUUUUGCAGAUUGUCUCAGUCUGAUUUGGAAAGGUUGAACACGAACCUCGUCAAUGGAGUUGUGAAGACGGAUUCAAAGGUUUUAUUCUUUUAGAAAAAAUAAAUAUUGUGCGCAGAUUUCCAAUCAGCUGCUAAAAGUUGUUUUCAUUCUUAUAUUUUCCGUAUUUUUUUCCAUCGAUUCUCUGAAUGUCAAAUCAGAUGAUAUUUUUCCUUCCUUUUUGAAACUUUCCUUCAACAAAACUAACUAGGAAACGUUUUUUUACCUCUGGUUGAACUUUUGCUGACACUUUGCUGAAGUGUACUUCACCUCCUGAUUCCAAAAAAAUAAUCUUAAUUCGAGGUGCCGAUAAUGGUUAUCGUAAAGAAUGGAUCGCCUACUUUGACGGGAGCAGAAGUAAUUGUUCCUGAAGGCUUCGGUUUGUAUUUUUUUUUUUCUGUUAGAUGGUUUUUCUUUUUUAAAUAAUACUUAAUAGAAUGUAAAAUUUUUAAGGAAAAGACUUUUGGAUUUCUCUUCAGUGGAGUGGAGCCCACGCGAGCGGAGAAAAAGACGACGUGGCAGCCCAUUUCGAAUCUGCUCUGCCGCACUUUCCGGAUGACGCCGUCGACGCCGAAGCCUCGGCUCUUUUUGAGGAGCAAAUGCAAAGAGAUCUCGAGGUUUUUAUUUUCAAGUCUUUUGCGCAACGACGCGAAAAGUGACAAAGCGAUCGGAAAGGAGAGCUAGCGACGAAAUAAGCCGAAAACAGAUAGGAGACUCAACCAUGCGUCAGAAAGGCAGGCAAAGCGUUAUUCUUCCGAUGUCAAGAAACAUUUCCGAGCUAUUACUCGGACGAUAUUGUGCAUUGACUUUGACAGUAUUCUGAAAACUAGUAAUUUGCUUUUUGCCCAGACGAUGCUCUCGAUCUGCAUCAUCUUUGAGAUAUUUUCGAACAUGCGAAUUUAUUGCGGAACAUCAGACGUAAAAGGUGUUCUGCAGACUAUUUGCAAAAAUGCUAACUGCAAUAUCUCGUCAGAGUAAUGUGUCAAAGUUCGAUGAAAAACCAUCAAAUGAAAAAUUGGAAGUGACUAUUGGUUCUUUUUUCAUUAAUUUUAAUAUUGGAGAUUUCUAAUAAAUAUACUAGGCAAAUACAGAACUCAGUCCAUGAGGAGGCUGUUGCCAUAUAAAAAUGUUCCAAAAUAGCGAAAAUAAUGAGAUUUUUAACCUGAGGAAGGUGUCAUAUCUUCAAUUUGGGAACAUUGGGAAAGCAGAGUUGGCGACUUUCAAAAAUGGAAUAAAUAAUAGGUUGGGCAGAUGAAUAACAUUACAAGAAAAGAGCCAACCUCAGCAAGGUGACAGGUACCCGGAAAUAUGAGCCAUUUAUAGCAUAAGAGAUGGAAUAUUAUCAUCAAAAGCUUGUAUAGGAAGAUUAUUCAGUUUAUUUUGAACGGUUUCCGGGGAAACGUUGAAUCUAAACUUAAAGUUAGUUUGUUUAAGAAAAAAAUAUUUUCAGAAAAGAAUUUAGAAAACUGAGCAACUGUUUUUAGUCCGAAAUCAUUUUUUUAAAAGGAUUCGGAAGACGAGAAAUAUUGUUUUGAUGUCAAAUUAGCUUUGAACGCGGCUAAAUUGUCGGACGAAAAUAAAGCGAAGCGUCAAAAAAUAGUUAGUUUCGCGCAGUGUACGUAAACAGCGGAUCUUACGUGGAACGGUUCAAAAUUUUGUCUAUUUUUAUCUCGUGAGAUCUAUUUUUAACACUCCGUUUCUACCCAGUCAGAUCAAGUCUUUUUUCGCAAGUUCCUUGCGAGAACUUUUCUAGAAAUAUAUGAAUACCAGUCGCAAACUUUUAAACAUAUCAUGUACCAACAAGAAUAAGUGUGGAUAACAAAAACCUACUUUUUGGCAUUGCUAUGAGUAGGAUUUUAGUGUCAUGUUUUUUGGACGGGAAUAAUUGGAAUAAAUGCUCUAUAUGGGGUAAGUUUUCAAGUGCACUAUACGCUUAUAACGGCGUUCGAAAAUGUAAUUAUUUUUUUGACUCUAUAGAGUCGUUACUUAAAAACCGUUUUUUAUCGGAAUAUGUUCACAGAUUCGGCAUUCGAAGCGGCCUUUCAACCGAAGAGUUAAGUUUUGGGAAGAUUUGUCUAUUGUCUAUCCAUUUUCCUUUCAAUGGGAAAAGCUUCUUCGCGAAUGGAACGAUGAAAAUUCGUCGUGAGCUUCCAUCUAUAGGCUAUGAUCGGUUGAUAUUUAAUCCAGGGAAGUUUCUGUAUCUGUCAUGAGAAACCCGUCGGUUUUGAAGGCGAUCUCGGAAUGGCUUCAUGGAAAAUCAGCUCUUCCUGGUUAUUUUCUUGGAAAUACUCAAUACUGAUAGUUCGAGGAUUUUAGAACUGGAUAGAACGGACUUUCUUGUUCCGGUGCGUUUAAAGUUUCCCUGUGGCGGUCGUCCGAAGCGUUUCGCUAUCAUUUGCCAUCCCGAAAAAGUUGACUUGAACCAGGUUUUCAUAAACUUCCUAACUUCAAUUUAAAGAAAAAUCUGUUGAGAUGAGAGAAAAAGCCAAAUUUUUUCUGGAAGAGAAGAGACCGGAGAAGGAGACUGUUUUGAACGCGAAAGUGACGUUGGAAAAGGUUGGUACUAAGGAGUGUGAACAGGGAAAUUCAGAAGAUCCACUAACUAGAAAUUGAGAGGAUAGGCGAAUUCAUAGUUUAUUAAUAAAUUUCAUAGUUUACGCCUGUUCUUGAUAUUUUUCAAUCAGUUUAACAUUUAUGAUAUUUUCCUUCGCAAAAGAAAAACCAAUCUUCCCGUAUUUCAGCUCGACAAGCCUUGAAUUUUAUCACGAUAAAUGUUUCAGGAAUCUGGUCUCACUUCGAGAAAAUUCGAAGGUUUCGUUUCUCUUGAUCCGAGUGCUUCAGAGAAACCGAUCCGCCUGAGUUCUAUUUUUGUCGAGAAUAGCUCUGAACCGUUAGUUGAUCCUCCUUUUUUGUUGAGAAAUCAUUUUUCAGUGCUUCGAAAAGAAGAAAAAUGAAUCGUUUGAAAAGAGUUGCUGCCCGUUCUCGAGGAGCAGAACAGCUGCAGAGGUUGGAACAUGAAAACGACGUGAAUGAGGCCAGAAGCCGGGUCAAUUAUGUGGAAUCUGCGUCGAGGUGAAUUCUGCCAAAUACAAAUGAAUAGAAGCUAGAACUAUAUGUGAUUUUCAUUUUCCUGAAUAAUUCGACAAAUGAAAAAAUUUUUAGCGAUUGAAAGAAUUUCUGAUUCUCACAAAAAACAUUUUCGGUUUAAAAAAACAGUUGCAGGAAAAUAAUUGGACGAGUGAUGAGUGGAGAACAGAGUAUGACACAAGGAAAGGGAAUAGCUUUCGGUUACAUCGCCUUCAACGCCUUGAGACAGCUCCCUCGCAACUCGCCAGGUUUUCCAGGAUUUUGAGUCAAAGCUAUUGAUUUUUCUCGUAGGAAGACCCACGGCUCUUGUCCGCAAUACCACUUCGAGGUACUUCCAUCCGGCUCACAUUUCUGUGGUUCGAAGGAAACUUCAGAUAUAG